AUGACAUUCCUGUUCACCGUCAAUGAGUUAUCCAACUCUGUGACGUCUUGGUCGGUUACUUACCCGGCAACCGGUUGCCUUGUUCUUGCGAAGAAGCAGACCCUGUCGACAUUUCCUCCCGGAAAGGCUGCGCCAGUUGGUUCGAAGGCAGCCGAAGUUCACAUCAGAGAUAACUUUGUGUACACCUCGAACAGGAAUGAUCAAUCUUUCGGAACACAACAAGAUUCCAUCACGGCCUACGCAAUCGACCCUUCGACAGGCCUGAUCACAUAUCUUGAGACAACAAGUGCUUAUUCAUUCUUUCCUCGAACCUUCGCAAUCAACAAUGCCGGAACUAUGGUGGCUAUCGGUGGACAGACAAGUGCCAACGUUGCGGUUGUGGAAAGAAACGCCACUUCGGGUAGACUGGGGAAGCUUCUUGCAACUCUCAAGGUCGGCAAUCCAGGGACUGUGAAUCAAGAGGAUGGGCUCAGCGCUGUCAUCUGGAACGAGUGA